UUGACCAGCCGGGCCAGCCAGCAGUACCAUGUUCUCUCAGUGCCCGACUCACCCAGCAGAUGUUUGACACCAAGAACAUGAUGGUCGCCUGUGAUCCCCGCCAUGGUUGUUACCUGACAGCAGCUGCCAUCUUCCGAGGCCGCAUGUCCAUGAAGGAGGUGGAUGAGCAGAUGCUCAAAAUGCAGAACAAGAACAGCAGCUACUUUGCAGACUGGAUUCCCAACAAUGUGAAGACAGCUGUAUGUGACAUCCCCCCGCGUGGCCUCACGAUGUCGGCCACCUUCAUCGGCAACAACACUGCCAACCAAGCACCCUUCAAGCGCACCUCAGAGCAAUUCAGUGCCAUGUUCCGGCGCAAGGCAUUCUUGCACUGGUAUACGGGAGAAGGCAUGGAUGAGAUGGAGUUCACUGAGGCAGAGAGCAAUAUCAACGACCUGGUGUCCGAGUAG